UGCUCUUCUCAUUACUGACAGGCGCCAGAGAGAGGCCACAAGGGGAAGGGGAAGGGGAGCUCGUUGAGGAGGGGAAAGAAUGCGCGUGGGCGGCGGGCGGGACGACGAGGAGGUGUCCCGGAAGCUCAAGAGCAUGGACGUCGACAAGCUGGAGAACGGCGGCGGCGGCGGCGAGGAGAGCCCGCACCCGCCGCGGCCCGCCGUCAAGUACCAUGGCUGGAAGGCCAUGCCCUUCAUCAUCGGGAACGAGACGUUCGAGAAGCUGGGGACGCUGGGCACGUCGGCGAACCUGCUGGUGUACCUGACGCAGGUGUUCCACAUGCGGAGCGUGGACGCGGCCACGCUGCUCAACGGGCUCAACGGCACCACCAGCCUCGCCCCCAUCAUCGGCGCCUUCCUCUCCGACGCCUACCUCGGCCGCUACCUCGCGCUCGCCAUCGCCUCCGUCGCCUCCCUCAUCGGCAUGUUCCUGCUGACGCUGACGGCCGGCGCGGACAGCCUGCACCCGCCGGAGUGCAACGUGGGCGAGACCUGCGAGAAGGCGACGUCGUACCAGUUCGCGGUGCUCUUCAUCGCCUUCGCGUUCCUGGUGCUGGGGUCGGCGGGGAUCCGCCCCUGCAGCAUGCCCUUCGGCGCCGACCAGUUCGACCCCACCACGGAGUCCGGCAAGCGCGGCAUCAACAGCUUCUUCAACUGGUACUACUUCACCUUCACGGCGGCCAUGAUGGUCUCCGCCACCGUCAUCAUCUACGUGCAGAGCAACGUGAGCUGGCCCAUCGGGCUGGGCAUCCCGACGGCGCUCAUGUUCCUGGCCUGCGUGCUCUUCUUCAUGGGCACGCGCCUCUACGUGCGUGUGACGCCCGAGGGGAGCCCCUUCACCAGCGUCGUCCAGGUGCUGUCGGCCGCGCUCAAGAAGCGGUCGCUGAAGCAGCCCAAGGACCCGAAGCAGGACCUCUUCGACCCGCCGCACACCAGCGCCAUCGUCACCAAGCUCGCGCACACGGACCAGUUCCGAUGCCUCGACAAGGCGGCCAUCGUGGCGUCCCAGGACGAGGUGCGCCCCGGCGGCGCCGCGCCUGCCGACCCAUGGAGGCUCUGCAGCGUACAGCAGGUGGAGGAGGUCAAGUGCCUCAUCCGCAUCGUGCCCGUCUGGUCCACGGGGAUCAUCUACUACGUCGCCGUGGUGCAGCAGUCCACGUACGUGGUGCUCUCGGCGCUGCAGUCCGACCGCCACCUCGGCCGCGGCGGCUUCCAGAUCCCCGCCGCGUCGUUCACCGUCUUCGCCAUGCUCGCGCAGACGCUGUGGAUCCCAUUCUACGACCGUCUCCUGCUGCCCAAGCUCCGCAAGAUAACGGGCAAGGAGGAGGGGUUCACGCUGCUCCAGCGCCAGGGCAUCGGCAUCGCGCUCUCCACCGUGGCCAUGGUCAUCUCGGCAAUCGUCGAGGACCGGCGCCGUGCCAUCGCACUGAGCCAGCCGACGCUGGGAACCACCAUCACCGGCGGGGCGAUCUCGGCCAUGUCCAGCCUGUGGAUGGUGCCGCAGCUCAUGAUCCUGGGGCUGUCGGAGGCAUUCAACCUCAUCAGCCAGAUCGAGUUCUACUACAAGGAGAUCCCGGAGCACAUGCGCAGCGUGGCAGGGGCGCUCGCCUUCUGCAACCUGGCGCUCGGCAACUACCUCAGCGGCUUCCUGGUGACCAUCGUGCACCGGACCACGGGGUCCGGGCAGAACUGGCUGGCGCAAGACCUCAACAAGGGCCGCCUCGACCUCUUCUACUGGACCAUCGCCGGCAUCGGCGUCUUUAACCUCAUCUACUUCGUCAUCUGCGCCAGGUGGUACAGGUUCAAGGGGGCCAGCAACUAAAUCCGCCGAGGUGACCGUCGUCUCACGAUCACGACUUCACGGGUGCAGACAUGAAUUAGCUCUGAGCUCUAUGUGGUCCUGAUGGCAAUUUGGUUGGUGGCUUGGGUAAUUAUGCUAUGGCCUUGGGAGAGCAGGAGAAAAAGGGACCUUAGAAUAAGGUCAUGAUAAUUAUUUUGUGUUUACCGUAGUAGUUGUUUGAUAUCGGCGCCUCUCUUUUUUUUGUUUAUUAUUACUUUAUAUUUUUGUUACUGGUCCUUUCAUUUGAAUCUAUAGGAUGAUCAAGUGGCUGAUGAAAGAGGAGAAAGAAACAAAAGAGUUGGUUUCUUGUAACUUGUAAGUUGUUAAACUGAAAUACAAAUGGAUGUAAGAUUGAAUGAGUUUUAGUUCA